UAUGACAACCAUAACACACUGACAAACCUUUCUAUUUCUCCCUUUUAAAAUCGACUAAAACAUAUCAUAAGCGAGAUUUUAACUAAAAUAUAUAACAUGCCUGGCAGUACAUACAGCGGGUCCAGUGGGACACAAACAUCAUCCGCCGCUCGCAGAGCCAAAUCACGACAAUAUCGAGUGGUCAGCAAUUCAUCGCAAGUCGACGAAUGCCUGUUCGGGACGCCGAACCGCGUUCAACAGAGGAAGGACAUGUUGGAUAGCAAAUGGAAGAACGAUACUAAUGAGGAGACAAAUAUCGAGAGUGAGGCUCGCGAACGAAGCGCCAAUCGUAAAAGUAACGGCAAAAAGAAGAAAUCAAAGAAGGAAACCGUACAAGUGAUAACAAAGGAUCUUAUUCGUAACUUAAUAGUUCCAUCAGAGGAUCCCUCAGGUCAGUGCAUCAUUCUCCCAGCGCCCGAUUUCAACAGAAUCCGCCGUGCGGCUAUUGUGGUGACGAGGGAGGAGAGAGAGGCUAUGGAGUUGCAGAGGAAGCUCGAGAAAGAGGAGGCAGACAAUGAAGCGACAAGACGUAAAAAUUUCCUAAAACAGAUGGAUAUGAAGCGUCAGAAGAACGAAGCUCUAAAUGACUUGGAGGUGGAGGCCCAGGAGAAUGCUAAUCAUCUCCUGGAGAAGGCCAAGGAACAGGUGCAAGAACAGGAGGAUGAGAUCAAAUACUUGAAUGAGCUGAUUUUGAAUGCAAAGUGCCACGCCAUCCGCGAUGCUCAGGUCAUAGAAAAAGACGAGAUCAAGCAAGAGAUGACGGAGGAAGAGAAACGCCUUGACAGCAUGAUGGAGGUCCACCGUGUCAACGUCAUCCGCAUCCAGGAGGAAAUCGAGAAGCAGCGCCGUGAGGAGCGCCUACUGGGGGCCGCCACACUCCUCGAGCAGAUCCAAGAGAAUGAGCGUGAGCGAUUGUUUGAGUUGGAGCGCAAGGAUCAGGAGAAUGUCGAGGGGCAGAAGUUGAUUCAGCGGAAUAUUGAGGAGGACCGUAUGAUGCUCGAGGACAGGAAGAUACAGCAGGCUCACUUGAGGGAAGACCUGAAUGAAGCCAAUGCGGACAUGAUGAAACGUAAGGAACUCCAAAUGGAACAGGAGAGAUUAGCUGAACAGAAAGUGGUCGAAUAUCAGAAACACAAAGCAGAACGAGAGGCAGAAUAUGAAAAAGAGCAAGAGCGGGCACGACUGGAGAAAGAAAAGGAAGUUGGCCGACUGAGGGCACAGCAGGAGCGCAUGAAGGAUGAGCAGGCGGAGAGAGACGCAUUGAGGGCAAAGCGUGCCCAGGAGCAGACGGAGAGAGAAUGGCGUGCCAAGGAGGCUGCUGAGGCCGCUAAGAAGGCAGAGGUGAACGCCAUGUUGAAAGUUGCCCGGGCGCACCAGAUGGAAGAGAAGGAGCACUUCCUUGCUGUACAGGCCAAGCGGGAUCGGGCCGAGUUUGAACGCGUGCUCAGAGCGCAGAAAGAACGCGUAGAGAAGGACAAGCGAGAGAAGAUGGAGGCUGAGUACAAGAGGAAGGAGCAUGCCGAUGACGUCAGGAAGCAAAUCCGUGAGAAAGACCAGGUGAAAGUCGCUGAGAGAAACGCAUUCUUCGAGGAGGGCGUCAAGCUAGACAUGGAGGCGAAAGUCCGACGACAAAAACUGGAUGACAUCAAGGCCAAGAAAUUAGAAGAAUUAAGGGAUGUCGGAAUAGAUGAUCACUACUUAGCGAGAAUUGCUCGUAAAGUCAAUAUUCCCUUGGAGUCUGUGCAUUGAUCAGACGACGGGGUGAUAUGUUUUUACUCGUAAGAAUGGCCGGUAUCGAUAGGCGCUAUAUCACACAAGUCGAACGCAAGAUCAACCAACCACAGCAUAUCAGCGUCUAAAUCAACGAGAUCUUAGAAACCAUCCUGGAAAGAACGACUCGUAGAAAACUCAGAGGAUUGUUUAAAUUUGGGUUUAAUAAAUAGACGAUCGAUAUUUUCAUCAAGGACUUUUUUGUGUUGAAUAUCGUCAAGUUAACUCUUUGUAUUCUUUUACAAAAAAGGAAAACUUGUUGUCAAGGAAUGCAUCAAAUAUGAUGGUUAAGAGAGAAGAUUAUUUUAUGCUUUUUCGGGCAUAUUUUUCGGCACCAAAAGAGCAAACUUUAGAAUAGAUGUCAACUCGACUCUGGGUCUGUUUGAAAUCAACCCUUUUGCAAUCAAGGGCCCAGGGUUAAUGGGUGCAUGGUCGAGUGGUAUUGCGUUAGAAAAAACAAUCACGUUUUAUUCUCAUUUGCCUGUGAUUGCCAUUGCGAUGCUCUGAUUGGUUCCAGAGCUUCUGAAUUAUUAGAACAGUGUUUGCGGUCUUGGGGCGUAUUCAAAUCAGUGUUCUCAGGAACACUGCAGUGCUCGUUUUCAACUCUGAAGUGUUCAAUUUGAACUCGCCUAGUUAGGAAAGAACUGUGGACUAAUACAAUGUACAUGAAGGUUUUUGUUUUGUGAAAAUGUUUCAUUCUAAAAAUACAUUUACUAGGCCACUGCCAUUGGUUGGCUUUUUAACUGGGAGUGUAAUAUAACACUCUUCUACCAAAAUGGUAUUUCAUAACUUCAUUAUGAAUAUUUUAUAAUUUAAAGGGAAAUUGAGUAUCUUUAGCUUUGAUGAUAAACCGUCCACAAAUUUGUUAAGUUUUGUUGAAGUGAUUUAUUUUGUGAGAUUUUAAAAUUCAAGUGGCCUGGAUUAGAUAAAGCCAGGCAGUUUUGAAUAUUCCAAAAUAUUGUGUUUGGAAUAACCAAUUGAAAUAUAAAGUUUUUUUAGAAUGUGUACUUUUUGUGCAUGAAAUUUCCGUCCUCGAUUUUCAUGUAUUCAUGUUGCGAUUUCUUAAUUGACAAAGUCCAUUUGAGUAUGCGGUCAGUGGAAGAGGAGGCCAACUUUACCAGGUUUUAAAGUCCAAGUGUUAGGUUUUAAAGCCCAACCGGGACAGGUUUUAGGGCGCAACAGUUUCAGAUUUUAAAUUGUGGCAUUCCUAGACUAACUGGCCUAUAAUGUCUACAGUUAUUGAGGUAUUUUAGUUUAUAUAAUCACUUAAAGCUAAGUUUAUGUACAUUUAUGUACAUACAUCAUCACUUUGAAUUAUAAACCUCUGUAAAUACAAAAUAGCGUAAUUUUUUUGUGGAGAAACACGGUUGCACCUGGGACUGAAUUACAAUGUAUUGAACACUUUUCUAAAGCGCUUCAUUCUUACCUGGAUCUGUCUCAAGCACUUUGCAACAACUUGUCGCUAUUAUAGGUCAACACAGAUGAAUUCUGGGACAUCAAGGAGCUGCUGAUCCUCAUUUAGCGCUAAACUUGUUCACUUGGGACUUGACUUUGUACUAACUGCUCUCGAAGAGUAAAAAUAGAAGUGGUCAAUUUUACUUAAUGCGAAAUGUGUGAAUAUUUGAAUUUUUGUAAAUAAAAUGUUAAGUAUAUUAUGUCUAAUA